UUGUCAUAGUGAGAGAAUACGCAAGUGGUUAUCAAAAAAAGUACUGAUCAGUUGACUCCUUAUCGAGUCGUACAAAACACAAGGGCUGGAUUUAGUUCAAGAGGCUCAAAGUAUAAAGCUAGUUUAAGAUAUGGGACCAACAGCACCAUCUAAAUCAGUGGUUGUUAAGGAAGAGCCAUCGUGGUCGGACAGUGCAGUGAGCGAGGCAGACAUGUCUACCAACAUGCACUCCAAACAUGUGGUUAAAGAAGAGGCACUGGCACCCGAGCAUGUAAAGAAGGAAACUUCAUGUGAGGCAGACCCACUUUCCAAACUGUACUCUGAACAUGAGGUUAAAGAAGAGUUUGUGCUGGGACCGGAGACCAUGCAACAGCCUAAAACGGUCUACACAUACUGUGUACCAGUCGAGGUCGAUGUGAAGCAGGACCCCACAGGGGCGGGGGGGACAGUAGUCGAGUCUGAGAGCGAGACGGCACCAUGCGGGAGUGAGACUGCACGAGAUCCACAGGUUAAAAAAAGCCUGACGUCGAUAGAAACCGUCGAGGUGGAGCCGGAGCCUGCAGGCGAGAGUGGGAGCAAGAUAAAAGGGUCCAGUACUAAACUAGUACUCAAGACUUACAUCUGCGACACGUGCCAAAAAGGGUUUUCAGAUGCAUACCAUUUGAACAGACAUUCAAGAGUCCACACAGGAGAAAAACCAUACACCUGCACCAUCUGCCAUAAUAAGUUCGCGAAUUCACGGAAUUUAAAUCAUCAUCUACGAAUACACACUGGAGAAAGACCGUACGAGUGCAUGGUGUGUGAAAAAAAGUUUACAAAUUCGAGUUCUUUGCAUGUACAUGAGCGGAUUCACACGGGAGAGAGGCCACACUCGUGCGGAACUUGUGGGAAGCAGUUUGCACAAAGAAGCACGUUGGUACUUCACGAACGAACGCACACUGGGGAAAAGCCUUACGAGUGCAAGAUAUGUCCGAAGAGCUUUAUAAAGUUGGCCAAUUUGAAGUUACAUGAGCGAUCACACAGAGGGGAGAAACCAUACGCAUGUAAACAAUGUGACAAAAGAUUCACACAAUCGAUGAAUUUAAAGCUACAUGAACGAAUCCACAGGCAAGAUACACCUGAAACAAUUUUGCAACAGCAAAUCUGUACGUGUUCUAACAUAUCGUGUGAUCGUCACGAAUAAAUGCCAUGAAUCUUAAAAGCGUUUAGUAUGAAUCGCUAAUAUAAGAGCCCUAUUAUGUAG